AUGGAGGACACCGUGUCGCUGCACCCGAGCUUCUGCGUCUGGGCCGACGGCUCGCCCAUGCACUUCUUCGCCGUCUUCGACGGCCACGGCGGCCCGCACGUGGCGGCGCUGUGCCGGGAGCAGAUGCACGCCAUCCUGGCGACGGAGCUCGCCGCCGCCGCCCAGGGUCACGGCGGCGACGAGGAGGGGUCGUGGCGGGCGGCUCUGGCGCGGAGCUUCGCGCGCGUGGACGCGCUGGCGCCGGAGGGCGCCAUCGUGGGGUCGACGGCCGUGGUGGCGCUCCUGGUGCGCGACCGCCUCGUCGUCGCCAACUGCGGCGACUCGCGAGCCGUGCUCUGCCGGGGCACACACGCCGUGCCGCUCUCCGAAGACCAGAAGCCGGACCGGCCGGACGAGAGGGCAAGGAUCGAGGCGAUGGGUGGUCGGGUCAUGUUCAUCAACGGGGCGCGCGUCAGAGGGAUCCUCGCCAUGUCCCGUGCACUAGGGCACAAGCUCCUGAAGCCUGAAGUCAUAUGUGAGCCGGAGAUCACCAUAACCACAAGGUCGGACGAUGACGAGUGCCUGAUCCUUGCGAGCGACGGGCUGUGGGAUGUGAUCUCCAAUAAGGUGGCCUGCGACGUCGCGCGGCAAUGCCUGGAAGACGGAAGCCCGACAAGAGCGCGCACAGCUGAGAGCGGCGAAGCCGGUCCCAGCAGCAGCGGCGCACCAGUAGCGCAACAGCCAGAGCCUCGCUGCUACCGUGCAGCUGCUCUCCUUGCGAGGCUCGCCCUUGGAAGAGAGAGCUCUGAUAACAUCAGCGUGGUUGUGAUCGAUCUGAAAGCGAGGGGUUAGGCAUAUGAUAUCAGAUCAGCUUAGACUUUGCAGACAAAAAAUCAGCUUAAACUCUGAGAUUUUCUUUGUUCUUUAGAUAUUUAGCUCCUGGUUCUUCAGUGGCUGGUUGGUUAU